CCCUCUUCUCUCUCUUUCCUUCUCUCGCAAGUGCAGACAGAACUUUAACAUACACCAUGACACAAUCACAAUCCCAAGCACUUAAUAUCUACACUAUUAACGCCAAUGUCUUAAACUCUCCUUGGAAGAGGAAAGCACUAUUGCAAGAAAUUAAAGCUAAGAAAAUUCAUAUUGCCUUAAUACAGGAGACACACUACAAAACUGAUCAUAUCCCGAAAUGGUAUGACAAACACUUUUCGAACAUAAUUCACAGCACACCACAGCCCACCAAAGUACGUGGUACGGCCAUUCUGAUAGCUAACUCCCUAGAAUUUGAACUGGAUCGCAUCAAAAAUGACACUCAUGGGAACUACUCAUUUGUCAAAGGGAAAAUUCACUCGGAAAAACAAACAUUCGCCUCUAUCUAUCUACCGAAUGCUGAACAAAAUAAAGUUAUGGAACAGAUUUGCACCCAAUUACUGGCGUUUGCGGAAGGCACCUUAAUUUUGGGUGGGGACCUCAACACUCCCCUCGACCCCAAAAUUGACUGCUCUUCAGGCACUGCUUCCAUAACCUAUAAGAAAAUCAAACAAAUUAAACUCCAAUUGCAAUUGCUCCAAGUUAUGGAUUCCUGGAGAAUUCACCACCCUACAGGGAGAGAUUACACUCACUUCUCUCAUAGCCACAAUACACACAACAGAAUCGAUUAUAUCUUUCUUUCUCAUGAUACUCUAGAUAACUUAAGAGAUGCUACAAUUGAGGCCACCACUUGGUCGGAUCACUCUCUAGUAAUUCUACGACUUCACACCCCCCUCACCAGACCCAAGCAGUUCACUUGGAAACUUAACGACAGCUUACGGAAAGAUCCAAAAGUGCUUAAAAUAAUUUCUACCGCCACUGAAGACUAUUUCCAGACUAAUGCCGAUACUGCCAGCUCAGCUAUUCCCGAGUGGGAAGCAUACAAAUGCGUUAUACGAGGUAUUCUCAUCCAACAAGGAGCGAGACUUAAGAGAGAUAGACAGAAACUAAAACAAAAUCUUAUCUCUAAAAUACAGCAACUUGACCAACAACAUAAACUUACCAGAGCGACGCACACGCUCUCUGAUUUAACGAAAGCCAGACAGGAACUUAAAUUACUAAUACAGAAGGAGUCAGAUAGAGCUACGUUUUUGCUUAAGAAAUUGUAUUAUGACCAUGGGAAUAAAUGCGGGAAAAUGCUAGCUAGGGCACUCAAAACAAGGGAAAGGAGAAGUCACAUAUUUAAAAUGAAGGACUCAAAGGGCAAUGUCCACGUUUCACCUGCUGGUAUACAGUCCACUCUGACAGUCCACUCUGACGCCUUUACCAGCAACAAACAAUUGGCAAUGAUACACCGACAAAAGACAGCUACAUUGAAUAUUUGACUUCAUCUGGCAUGCUCAAGGGCAGCCCUGACUGUCUUCAAGCAUUAGAACAAGACAUAACCACUGGGGAAAUUGAAUGGGCCAUAAAAGACUCACGCUCAGGCAAAUGCCCUGGUCCAGACGGAUUCUCCAUGUCCUUCUUUAAGACCCUACAACCUCACCUAGUUACGGGCCUGUGUAGAGCAUAUAAUGGGAUCCACCAGGGACAUCACUGGUUCCCAUCUACCUUAGAAGCCCACAACAGUUUAAUACUCAAAAAAGAUAAAGAUCUUCCACUUCAACCCCCCAGAGAUUUCUUUACCACUCUUAGUAGUUUGGUCAGUAAAUUUGUUUGGAAUGGCAAACAACCACGGAUAAAACUAGGGACUCUAAAUUACUCUAGAUUAUCUGGGGGGAUCGGCCUACCGGAUUUUAAGAUAUACCAUUUAGCCUGUGUCUUACUCCGGAUAGUCGAUUGGACUUAUCGCACUAACUCCAAGGCAUGGAUACAAAUUGAACAAACUUUUGUGUCAUCUGCACUUAAGAUGCUUCCCUGGAUCCCUUCCACACAGCCCCAACAAGUUAGAGAUUCUCAUCUCCUUCUGACCUACUGUUUACGCCAAUGGGACUCCAUCAGCGGCCCUUUGGGCCUGACUUCCACAUGCUCACUCCUGUUACCAUUUAUUGACAAUCAGGACUUUCCUCCAGGCUUACAACCUGGUUACUUCAAUAACUGGCAAGGUGGAAAGGUGCAGCAGCUCUUUCACAUUUGCCCUAAAGGCGUCCUGCCCUCAUGGGAAAAGGUACAGAAUAAAUAUGCGUUUCCAACCACUGAACGAUUUAAAUAUCAACAGAUUGCCAGUUUCACAAGAAGAGUGCUCAAUCAACCUACUGGAGCCUCGUUAUACACUGGUUUCGAAAAACUGUGCUGUCAUGCUUCUCCACCUCUCAGAGCCAUCUCUGCUAUUUACCAACUGCUGCAUGGUCCAGCCACGGCUAAACACUCUCCUUUACCUAGGUUCAAAAAAUGGGAAACUGUUUUGAAUGUCACACUAUCCAAACAAGACUGGGAAAAAUCUCUUACAGGCCCCAGAAGUUGCAUAAUUCUGGAGAAUAAUUACAAAGUUCUCUCCUUAUUGUAUAACACCCCUGCGAAACUACAUGUCAUGUUCCCUGGAACAACAGACAAAUGCUGGAGAUGCAAACAACACAUUGGCACUAUGCUCCACAUCUUCUGGGACUGCCCUCUCAUUAAGCAAUUCUGGUCACAGAUAUUGGACACCUGCACGAAUAAACUUCUCCUUGAUAACCCUUCCGACCCAGCUGCAAUUCUCCUGCACCACAAUAUAGUCUCUGUGUCCUCGUACAGAAAGUCCUUAACUCAGGUUGCUCUAAAUGCAGCUAAACUUUUGAUUCCCCGCAACUGGAAAAGCAAUGCCUCUCCCACUUUUUCCACACCAACCCACUGCCAGAAUCCCACUCGAUGUGCCAAAUAAAGCCGCAUGAUAUUUGAGCAAUAUCGUCUCCCGUGAUUCCUUCGCUCUGCGCCGUGAAACGGGGUAAAUUUGUGUAUUGAAGUUACCUCCUCAACGAGGUGAGGAGGAUCCCGCGAGAGCUGCGACUGAAGGUGGAGACGCUGCACAGGAAGGGUGAGCUCCGAUUUAAUAUCUAAACCUGUCUUUUGUUGCUUCCUCUCCCACUCUGCCUGAUUGGAUGAAGGAAAUGGAGGAGAUACGCAAAUUUGAGGAAACGCAUGCAGAUUCCCCUAAGGCGAUGCUGCAGCAUUGGGCGACCUGGCGUCCGUGGCUACAAUAUCUUGAUUCUAUUUCCUAAAAGUGUCUGAGAGAGUCCUCUGCCAAACACACCCCCCCCCUUUUUUUUUUUUUUCAGGGUGAUCACCACUGCCCCCCGGUUGGAUUGCCUUACUUGGGACAUAUUCUGAAUAAUUUUGCUUUAUUAUGAGUGCUAGGCUAUAAAACCAUAUGGGUAAUGUUACUGUAAUGUUCUUUUCUCUUGACAAGAUAUAUGUAAUACGCAGUCUGGAAUCUACUGAUGAAGUUUCUGCAUUUUUCUUCCCUUUCCCCUUCCUUUUCAUUCUUUCUUUUCUGUUAUUUCCCGGACCCCUCCACCCUUUCCUUUUUUCUCUCUCUUUUAUGUUACCUUGCUGAUCCAAUACACACCUUCCAAUCGACUGACCCCCACCUUGACUGACUAGCUCCUUGACAGCGCACAGUGGUUUACUUGUUUCUUGUAGACGCGUGCUUUUCACCCCUGGAAAGGCAUGCGUCUGGGAAAUUGCUCUCUCACACUAUACAUACUAGUUACCACUGCUAAUGAUUGUAUAUGGUGCCUUCCCUGUGUAUUGUGAUCCUUCUUGAUCUAUGCUGAAAAAAAAAAUAAACAUUUAAAAAAAAAAAAAAA